AUGCCUCGUCCGGGGUCCGGGCCCCGAGGCGCCGGGGAAAGGCCAGCCUCUGCACAUGCGCGAGUGGAGAUUCAUCAUGGCUGUACCUGCCCAGCGCCGGAUCCAGGAGCAGUCGCUGGUGGCCCAGGCAUGUUCCGGAUCUUCGGCACCGCCUCCAAGUACAAUGAUCUCGACCCGCUGCAGCACGGAAUCCAGCAGGGCCUCGUCAAGCACGUCGAAGGCGUAGCGAAGGAUGCCAUUCGUGCAAGCUUAGCAAAGUCGUCUCCCUACAGCAUGGGGUGCGCAUCGACGUUUCGCUCACAAUCGCAAUUCCGAACGGUGGAUGUGUCCAAGAUUAAUCGUGGUCGCCAUAACUGGCAAAAGCUUGAUACCUUCCAGACACCAUUUGGACAUCUUGGAGAUAUUGAGGAUGUGGGCAGGCCGACCUGUGGGCAUUGCAGCUACAGCUUUGAGACGCUGCAGUGCACGAUUGCAAAGAUGCUGCAGCAGACCGAGAUCAACAUCGUCAAUGCCGUUGAGAAAUGCUGUCGACCACCAGUUCCGCCAGGAGCAAGUCACGGGGGAGGAUGCCCAUCUCCACCAGUUGAAGGGUCAGGAGGACCACCCCCAGGCAGUCCCAGCCUGCCGCCAGAUGUGCAGGCCCUGAUCGAAGAAAUGUGGGGCCAGGUGGGCAGACUGAAUGUUGAGGUGCAGAUGAUGUCAGAGGCGGUGGAAGCCAUUCGUGAUGAAAAGGCUAGAUCCUCUCAUGACGUCCCCCAAAUUUUGGCGGAGAUUCGGGAGACGAUGAAGACGCUAGUGGACGGCCAGAAGGCCGUUCAUGAUAAAUCAUGUGAUAUUGUUGCGAAAGCGCCGCAAGAGGUCAGGGCUAUGCUGACGGCUUUCUUCGAGGACAAGAAGCCUGGCAUGGACCCGUCGGGUGUCGUCGAAGCCGCACUUGAGAAGAAGUUCACAGAGAUGAAGACCACACUAAGUGGCAUCCUCGACGACAAGAAGCCUGGCGUGGACAUUCUGGAGUUGGUGAAAGUCCUUCAUCACAAGUGCGAACAUGACAUCGCCACGACUUUGGCAGAGAUUAAGCAAAUGCUGAUUGUUGUCCGAGAUGACAAGAAGCCUGGCGUGGAUUUACCAGAGGUGUUGAAGGCCGUGCAUGAUCAGACAUGUAUUCUUGUUGCGCAAACUCUGGGCGAGGUCAGGGCUAUGCUGACGGCUUUCUUCGAGGACAAGAAGCCUGGCAUGGACUUGUCGGGUGUCGUCGAAGCCGCACUUGAGAAGAAGUUCACAGAGAUGAAGACCACACUAAGUGGCAUCCUCGACGACAAGAAGCCUGGUGUGGACAUUCUGGAGUUGGUGAAAGUCCUGCAUGACAAGUGCGAACAUCUUGUUGCGAAAGCGCUGGGCGAGUUCAGCGCUGUGCUGACGGCUUUCUUCGGGGACAAGAAGCCUGGCAUGGACUUGUCGGGUGUCGUCGAAGCCGCACUUGAGAAGAAGUUCACAGAGAUGAAGACCACACUAAGCGGCAUCCUCGACGAUAAGAAGCCUGGCGUGGACAUUCUGGAGUUGGUGAAAGUCCUUCAUGACAAGUGCGAUCAUGACAUCGCGACGACUUUGACAGAGAUUAAGCAAAUGCUGAUUGUUGUCCGAGAUGACAAGAAGCCUGGCGUGGAUUUGCCAGAGGUGUUGAAGGCCCUUCAUGAUCAGACAUGUGUUCUUGUUGCGAAAACGCUGGGCGAGGUCAGCGCUAUGCUGACGGGAUUCUUCGAGGACAAGAAGCCUGGCAUGGACUUGUCGGGUGUCGUCGAAGCCGCACUUGAGAAGAAGUUCACAGAGAUGAAGACCACACUAAGUGGCAUCCUCGACGACAAGAAGCCUGGUGUGGACAUUCUGGAGUUGGUGAAAGUCCUUCAUGACAAGUGCGAGCAUGACAUCGCGACGACUUUGGCAGAGAUUAAGCAAAUGCUGAUUGUUGUCCGAGAUGACAAGAAGCCUGGCGUGGAUAUGCCAGAGGUGUUGAAGGCCGUUCAUGAUCAGACAUGUGUUCUUGUUGCGAAAACGCUGGGCGAGGUCAGCGCUAUGCUGACGGCUUUCUUCGGGGACAAGAAGCCUGGCAUGGACUUGUCGGGUGUCGUCGAAGCCGCACUUGAGAAGAAGUUCACAGAGAUGAAGACCACACUAAGCGGCAUCCUCGACGAUAAGAAGCCUGGCGUGGACAUUCUGGAGUUGGUGAAAGUCCUUCAUGACAAGUGCGAUCAUGACAUCGCGACGACUUUGACAGAGAUUAAGCAAAUGCUGAUUGUUGUCCGAGAUGACAAGAAGCCUGGCGUGGAUUUGCCAGAGGUGUUGAAGGCCGUUCAUGAUCAGACAUGUGUUCUUGUUGCGAAAACGCUGGGCGAGGUCAGCGCUAUGCUGACGGGAUUCUUCGAGGACAAGAAGCCUGGCACGGACCUGUCCGGCGUGGUCGAAGCCGCACUUGAGAAGAAGUUCACAGAGAUGAAGACCACACUAAGUGGCAUCCUCGACGACAAGAAGCCUAGCGCGGACAUCAUCGCCACAUUGAGAUCAUCGAACGUGAUCCUUGAGAGGGUCUCCGGUCAUGUUUCCGAGCUCUUGAAAGCUGUCGGGGAUCAGAAAUGCGCCUUGAAAUGCGACUUGGCAGAGGUAAAAGCCAGCCUCGGGGUUCUGAAAGAUGACAGGAAGCCUGUACUUGAGUGGAUACAAAGUGCAAAGUCAAGCAUCGAGUCGACAGUUGGCGAUCGUCACUCUGCGCUUCUUGCCGUCAUAGAAGCGAAUCAGCAAGUUCUGGUGACCGCGAUCUGUCAUGAAAGGUCUGAUAUCCAUGUCUCUGCAAUGGUGGCAGAGAUCAGAGACAAGCAGCUGUCAGUCGAAAAAGCAUUGACAGCAACUCUAGAGGCCAAGUUUGCAGAGGUACUCAAGAGCAUCGGGGAGAAGCAGUUCGACAUUGAGUUCAAAAACGUGCGGCAACUUGUACAGUCCUCUCAUGGUGAGCUGAGCAAAGAUCUGAGCCAUCUCCGUGAUGCCAUCUCAAAGGUUGGCGUCACUAUGGGCGCGCGCAUCACAAGCAUGGGCUUGGGCGAGAUGUCCGAUACGAGCAAGGUAACGAGUUUUAUCGAUGGCCUGCACGUCUCCUUGAAUGCAAAGCUCCAGGUGUACCACCAGGAAGUCAAGGACCUCUUGCAGGCCAUCAGAAAUCUGGCACACCAUGGGCGAGAUCAGCUGCCCGUGGUGAUUGCCUCUUUGAAGACAAGCGCUCGGGCACCUCCCUGA